AUCCGAAGAAGGAGUUGAGCAUGGCGUCUGUAAAUAUGUCGUCUGUCGUAUCAGAGCAUAAAGAUUUACAGGCUACCGCGAUGGCCCUGGAUUCUGAGGGCCAAUACGCAGUCUUGGCCGGGCGCCGAUGCAUCGCUCUCGUCAAUCUGGAUUCUCCUGACACCACACUAAAGAGGAGUGUCCGGCAAAGCAAGUUUGAAAUCAGCUCUGCAGAGUGGAAUCCACAUCUGACAGACACAUUCCUGUUGGCGUGCAACCAAAGUGUUGAACUCCUGACCUGGUGCAAUGGUGAACUGCGGUCCAAACACACCACACCAAGAGCACAUACGAGGGCAAUCAGUGACAUUAACUGGUCGCCUUUCGAUGAAAAUCUUCUAGCGACAUCGUCAUUUGACACCUAUGUUCAUAUUUGGGACAGCAGGGAACCACGAAAACCAUACUUGUCCUUGUCAGCAGUUACUGGAGCCAGUCAAGUCAAAUGGAACAAAAUAACCCAGCAUGUCCUUGCCACGUCACAUGACGGUGAUGUCAGGAUAUGGGACACAAGAAAAAGUGCAAGUCCAGUACAGUAUAUUGCUGCCCAUUCUUCGAAAAUUUAUGGCCUAGGUUGGAACCCAGCCAGUGAAAACCAACUAGCAACAUCUAGUCAAGAUGGAACUGUCAAGUUCUGGGAUGUGACCAACCCUAAGAAAGUUGAAUACACACUCCAAGCUGGAGCACCUGUAUUUAAAGCACGGUACUUGCCUUUUGGAAAUGGCUUGGUGACUGUUUUGGUGCCAAGACAGCGGAAAGGUGAUAACAACUUGGUCAUCUGGAAUUGUUUCCACCUGAACGAGCCAGUCCAGGCUUUCCACGGACACUCGGAUGCGAUACUCGAGUUCGGCUGGAGGAAGCCGCGACUAGAUUCUCGAGACUAUCAGUUGGUCACAUGGUCUAAGGAUCAGAGCUUGCACCUGUGGAAUGUGGAUGUACGGCUCCAAGGGCAGUGUGGCCAGGAGGUGUCAGAAGAAGACUCGGUGUCCUUGGGCGCCUCCAUGCUCGCCGAGGUCCCAAGUACACCUGUGUCCUCGGAGUUGUCAAAGUCAUUUGGUCCGCUCCCAGGGGACUCCCCUUUGCCACAGCAUCCCCCCUUCGACCUGGAGAGAGAGUUCUCCCUCCUCAACAUUAACAUUCCAAAAGUCAUUGUUCAAGAGCUGGAUCCUGGUAAACGAGUCUGCUGUGUCACAGUGACUGUGGGGAUGCACAUCCUUGGAUUGAAGCUCACUUUUCCUCAGCUGUACCCGUACAACGCGAGCCCCACUUUUCAGUUCCUCAAGGGAACAACUGUGGACAGCAAUGUCAAAGCUAAACUACUCAGGGUCUUGCGAAUGACCUCCGAACAACAUGUCAAGAGAAACCGCUCCUGCUUAGAGCCCUGCCUUCGACAGUUGGUUGCUACCCUAGAGAGUUGCAUUGAGUCAGCAGAGGUGGAAGACAAUGACAGUGGCUACAUUUCUGAGCGCUUGAAGCUGCCCUAUGCUGUGUACGGCUCCUUUCAAGAUUCCAGUGUGCCAUUUCCGAGGACAUCUGGAGCACGUUUCUGUGGGGCAGACUAUCUGGUGUGCUUCACACGGCCUUCACACUUCCAGAAAAUGAAUGCUCCAACCGAAGUGACCCCUCGUUCCCUAAGUGCUCUGGGCGCCUAUUUGGCAUCUCAGCACAAGGCGAGCAGACCGCCAUCAACUUCCUCCCUUGUGAGCCUAUAUGCUCCUCACAGUCCUGGUACGGCAGCCACCCAAACUCAAGAUGUGUCCAUCUCGUCCUUCUACUAUCAGGAACGUAAAGGAAGAGGCCGUACACAACGAAGAACAGGCCGUCAAGCUUCAUCACAGCAGCAUCCUGUCCCAAGUGCAGCUGUGCUCCUUUACAACAUGUCGGGCAUUAUGCCAAUCAACCAGGUCUUGGCUCAAAAUUACCUGUUGGAUUGUGGGGAUCCAGUUGGUUCAUGCAACCACAAUGCAAGCUGGGCCGCCAGCGUGGGCCGGAAGGACCUUGUGCAGGUGUGGUCUCUGGCUGCUCUUGUUGCCAAUCCAGAUCUGGCGCAUGACAAACAAAGUCCUGACGUGGGGGUUCCGUGGGCUCAACAUCCCUUCGGCAGACAGAUGCUGGAAUCAAUCAUUGGUCACUACCUGAGACACUCUGAUAUACAAACCGUAGCAAUGCUUUGCUGUCUCUUUGGUGGAGGAAAUGUGGAUGGAAACAGUGGAAAGAAGUUUGCUUUUGAUCAAGCCUGCACCAGUCAGCUUUCUGGGAGCUGGUGGCAGAAGGUUGGUGGAUCUCCGUACCACACUGUGACUGGCCCUUCCGAUGUGAUGUUUGAUGGCUUAUAUGCAGUGGAAUCCCUGAAGCGCAAUCGUUCAAACAGCUGGUCAGAUUCGAUUGAUGACAUCAGGUACAUGGACAACAGCCCAGACCCACAGAAGGUGGAACGUGCCAAGCAUCGUGCAAAUUGCAAGUUGCUCGACCCCAAGAAGAGCACUCAGUACGACGAGUUUAAGAAGAAAUAUGCUGAAAUUUUGUACAAAUGGAACCUAUUUGAGCAGAGGGCAAGUGUUUUGAAGUGCCUCUCAACCAGUCCGCCAAAACACAAAGGAGUUGAGUUUAUAACGACCUGCCAUUACUGCAAGCAUGAUGUGAAGAAUGUGCAGUGCACACAGUGCAAGCGGUUAAGCUUGCUUUGUGUUGUCUGUCAUAUUGCAGUGCGUGGUCAUGCUCAUGCCUGUGUCGCCUGUGGCCAUGGCGGCCAUGUGGAACACAUGCUGAGCUGGUUCAAGGAGCAGUCACAGUGUCCGUCAGGUUGCGGCUGCCAUUGCCUCGAUGAGGGCAAAGUUUUUGCAUGAUUCACUUCCUCUUGUAAAAGCUAAUGUGCGGAGUGAUUCCAUCUUCUGCGCAGUGACCAAAUGCUCAAGACCCACAAGCACACCUGGAAUGGGUGUUAUUUAUUUGUAGAUGUCACUUGUUGAAAAUGAAUUGUUAAUGAAAAUAGAAAGAAAAAAAAGUUUAUC